AGCUUUCCUAAUCUCAUUUCUCACUCGUCACUUUCUCUCUCUAAACUGUCAAGUUCAAGAGAGAAGAAAAAUCAGACUUUUGAAACUUGUGACAAACGUCGCAGGAGCUAAUGAGAGAGACCAAGCAUGGAUUUUGGGUAGAUUGAUUGUCGUUUGAUCGACAUUUCUGCUAAAUCUGUAGUCGAUUCGAGCUCAGUUUCAAUUUUAUUUGGUGAGAUCCCAAUUUUUCUGUCUUAUUUACCCUGAAAUAUCCAUGUUUCUUUUGUCAUUUCUUACAUAAACCCUAGUUGCUGAUUAUUGAUAUUUGGGGCUUUAAUUUGUGUUGAUAACUUUAACCUUCUUGCAAUUCAUGGCUCAAGAACUCCCCAAUCUUUGUGACAGUUCCUUCCUCUUCUUAGGGUUCCAUUUCUUUAAUUUAGGGAUGUUCACAUUUAUAUGACAACUAAAUUUUGUAGGGUUUGAAUUAGCAGGGGUGUUCUUAGAUUUAGUUUUGAUUGAUUUUGAAUCCCUGGUCUUUGGGAGAUCUCUAAAUUCGUUAGGAAAUGGAUUUCUCUCAAGUAUGGAAGUGCUACAGUUGAUGGGUUCUUGAGUUUGGAUUCAUAAGCCUAUAAUUUCACAAGGGUUCUUGAGUUAUAAAGCUACAAUGUCGAUCGCCAGUGUGGCUUUGAGUCCUGUUUAUGAGAGCUCUAUAAAUUUCUUGGGUCAUUUCUCCGGCCAACAUGAUCCCUGGUCGAGGGAGUCUAUCUUGAUUUACCUAACUGUUGGUGGCUCUGUCAUUCCGAUGCGUGUCCUGGAGUCGGAUUCUAUAGCUUCUGUCAAGCUGAGGAUCCAGACCUGUAAAGGGUUUUUUGUGAAAAAACAAAAACUGGUCUUUGAUGGUAAAGAAUUGGCUCGGAACAAUUCUCAUGUCCGGGACUAUGGGGUCGCUGAUGGAAAUGUUUUGCAUCUGGUCCUGCGGUUCUCUGAUCUCCAACCUAUUACCGUUAGUACGGUAUGUGGGAGGGAAUUUGAGUUCCAUGUUGCGAGGAAGCGAAAUGUAGGGUAUGUGAAGCAGCAGAUUGUUAAGCAAGGGAAAGGUUUUCUUGAUCUCAAGGAUCAAGAAUUGAUCUGUAAUGGUGAGGAGCUUGAGGAUCAGAGGCUCAUAAGUGAUAUUUGUGAAAGUAGUGACACUGUGAUACACUUGCUGAUCCGUAAAUCUGCAAAAGUAAGGGCGAAACCUGUGGAAAAGGAAUUUGAAGUUUCAAUUGUGGCAUUAGAUUUGAAUGAAAGUGGGGCUGAUGCAUUAGAUGGAGGUUUAUGCCAAUGGAGAACACAAUCUGAGAAGCUUCAUGUUGUGGCUGAGAAGUCAUUGAAAAGAGAUUUCCUUUUGGAACCAUUAAUUGUUAACCCCAAGAGUGACGUGCCGCUAGUAAUCAAACAGCUUAUUAAUGCUACUUUUGAAGGGUUGCAAAGAGGUAACCAACCGGUAAGGUCUGCAGAGGGAUCAGGGGGUGCUUAUUUCAUGCAAGAUUCAUUUGGUCAGAAGUAUGUUUCUGUUUUUAAGCCAAUUGAUGAGGAGCCCAUGGCUGUGAAUAACCCUCGGGGUCUACCCUUAUCUAUAGAUGGUGAAGGUUUGAAGAAGGGUACACGAGUGGGGGAAGGGGCACUGAGAGAAGUUGCAGCAUACAUUUUGGAUCAUCCGAGGAGUGGACCACGCUCAUUUUAUAAUGAGGAGAAGGGCUUUGCUGGGGUUCCCCCGACGGUUAUGGUCGAAUGCUUGCACAAAGGAUUUAAUUAUCCUGAAGGAUAUGAGUAUGGAUUCAAGAAUAUUAAGAUUGGAUCACUGCAGAUGUUCAUGGAUAAUUGUGGAAGCUGUGAGGAUAUGGGUCCUUCUGCUUUUCCGGUGGAUGAUGUACACAAGAUCUCUGUGUUGGAUAUAAGGUUGGCAAAUGCAGAUAGGCAUGCUGGGAACAUUUUGGUUAGCAAAGAUGGUGAAGAAGGCCGGAUGCUGCUUAUUCCAAUUGAUCACGGUUAUUGCUUGCCUGAGACUUUCGAAGAUUGCACAUUUGAGUGGCUCUACUGGCCUCAAGCAAAGCAGCCAUACUCCUCUGACACCAUAGAUUACAUAAGAUCUCUAGAUGCAGAACAAGAUAUUGAACUUCUGAAGUUCUAUGGGUGGGAAGUAUCGUUCGAGUGUGCCCGCACCCUUCGAAUUUCCACCAUGCUUCUCAAAAAGGGUGCAGAGAGAGGACUCACUCCUUAUGCCAUUGGAAGGAUCAUGUGCAGGGAAACACUAAAGAAGGAAUCUACAAUCGAACAGAUUGUUCAAGAAGCACAAGAAGCCGUGCUUCCAGCAACAAGUGAAGCAACUUUCCUUGAAUCGGUGUCAUUGAUCAUGGAUCGUCAUCUUGAUGAGCUCUCCCGCAAGUAAAUACAUAGAUAUAUAUAGAAUAUGCAAGUAUGAUGGUGUUCCAUCUUUCUUUUAUUUUUUUGGUAAUAGUUGCAUCUUUCUUUCCAUGGAGUGCAGGUUCUAUGUAAUGUUGAUUUCUGCAGGAACUUGUGUUUCAUCACAUGUUCAUUUUGUCCAUAUAUAAAGGCAGUAUGGUUUAUAACAUAAUGAAAAGCUUACUUUUGCAA